ACUUGAUGGAACGAAGUUGUAAAACGUUUACUUUCAUACAUCUAUGCAUCUAUGCGUGUAUGUAUAAUAAUUAAUAAUUAAUAGUUAAUAAUUCCAUUCGGUAAACAUUAUAAUAUAUCAAAAUGAUGAGAUUUAUACUACAAGUGCUGUCGUGCUUAUUAUUAAUGGUAAGCAUAUCAUUGUCGAGGUCAAGAUAUCCAGGUCAACCGGAUAUUGAUUAUUACGUGCCGGUGAGCUACGCUUACAAGUAUGGCGUCCACGAUCCCGCCACGGGGGACAUCAAACACCAAUCUGAAGAGCGGACUGGCGACGUGGUUCGUGGUCAGUACAGUCUUGUGGAGCCCGACGGCACUGUGCGGACGGUCGACUACACGGCCGACCCGGUUAACGGUUUCAACGCGGUUGUCAGGAAGUCCGGUAAGCCCAAGAAACCACGGUACGUCGUCAGGACCGUGCCCGCCACGGUUGCUAGUGCCGUAGACAUCGCGGAUGAUCCGCACUCGGCCAGAGGACCAAUAAUUUUCCCAAAGAAUGUACAAGAAGACUUUUCAACCACUGCACCGGUAUACGAGGAAUACUACGACGCAACAGCCGUUCACCCUUAUGAAAUCAACCCACGCUACGUACAACACUCAAAUUAUUAUAAAGAAUAUUUAAAUUACUAAAAUCAGAAACAUUGAACAUGUCUGUGAAAUUGCUGUACUCCAAUCAAAAUGUUGACUAAAAAUAAUAAUAAAAUUAGCAUAUUAUAAUAAUAUUUUAUCAUUAUCCUUUUAUUUAUCGUUAUCGUUAUUUUUAGUUUGUAGUAGUUUGUAUUGAAGAGUGUUGAGUUCAUUGUUUGAUUCCAUCAAUAAACUUAUAGUUGUGUUCAGUAUAUUACGCAUAAUCUUAGUGGGUCCACUAAGAGUGUCAGCUCGUCUCAAACUCACUUUCAUUUUGCUCUUUAUAUUUGUUUCUACUUACA